AAGUAUGUAGGAAGGUGGAAAGUGGAUGAAUGAGCGUACCAGUAAGUGCCAUACGCUUUUGGAGAAAGUUAGAUUUCCCUGUGAGCGAGCUAGUCGAGGAGACGCUGGUGGAUGGACUGACAUUAUUUGCUGGCUCACUCACUCGCUCAGUAGCAGUUCACCUGUUGCCACAUCCAUAAAAGGGUUGAAAAGUCAGUCUUCGUCUCAAGUCUGCAAAGUAGAAGCAGUUGCACAACUUUCUUGACCAUCUCGACUCGAUCACCGUCUCUGCUUUCGCAAGACGAGACUCCUCCACUUCAGUAGCAAAGGACAUUUCACUUGGACCACGCCACGUACUUACACCAUCGCCACCCACCUUUUCCGCGGAACACACGUCCCAAUUAGGAGGUUUACCUUUCCUACUCCUCACCAGAACACGAAAGAUUCAUCUAUUUUGUUAGAUCAUUUUGCCCGGUGGACAGGUCGAAAAUUGUACCAAAGUCAUCUCUUCACUUGGCAGAGUGACGUCUCAUUUCGCCUCCAAGCAACAGGAUUGGAAAAUAAUCAGAAAAAAUACGAGGAUUUCUGCGUGGGCAGGUACCAAAUCUUACCUCGACAACAACUUUCUCUCUCUCAAGCCUCUACACCUUGACAUUGGAUCAGUCGAAUUCGUGGAACAGAAGAAAAAACAACAAGCAAUUUUGAGAAAUUGAAUACGGUUGAUGAUGAUGCACCGUAUUUUCGCAUUAUUCUGGAUCUUCGUUCUCACAAGCAGUUUGGUUAUCGCAGUUCCACUCUACACCCAGCACAAACGGCAAUCGGACCAAAGGUUGGCCGAGUUGGAGACGUUGCUGGCUCUGCACAAGUAUGGCGUUAGUCCUCGCAGGGUCGGAGGGAGGAACUCGGCUGGCUAUGGGCUCAUCGACUUCAACUACAUUGGGAGAAGGAAGAAGUCUGCCUCUGCUCCUGGAGGCGAUGAAGACAUUUCUGCUGCUGGGGGGAUUUAUUUGCCAGGAUUAAUGAUGAAUGGUCAACAACAACUCCAAAAGGUUCACCCCCUCGUCGCCAACUCUUAUCGUUCUCAACUUGCCGGAGCUGAACUUGGUCAUUCCACGGCUGACAUUUCACCACCAGGAUCCAUGCAAAAUCUGCAACUUUCUUCCAUCAUGCACAACGGUGGUUACAUGGAAUGAGGCAAGGAUGAUGAUGAUAUUUUCCUUUGGGAGAAAUAAAAUGGCCAAUUUGUUUUGCAGUAUUGAUAAAGUUUGGUUUAUUUAGCAAAAAUAAUUGCUUUCAGUUCCACCCCAAUGUAACGACGAGGAGGUAAAAAUUAGUCCAUUUGAUUUAUGUUGUGUAUAAUAUUGUCACAAUUCUAGGCUGACUUUUGGUACGAACUGCAAGGACAUGUGCUGACUCGUGUCGUUCUAAAAUUAUAUAUUUUGGCAAACUUAUCAGCAUAUGUAUAGUAAGAAUUUGGUUUAUAGCUAUUAAUUCAGUCAAAAUAUAGCUGGAGACACGUAUGCAAUGGGGAAAGAUGGGUCCUCCUUUGGUUAGAAAAUGUGUUUUGUGUGAAACAUAGUUUAAUUAAUAAAUCCACUCAGGCAUAAAUGAAGCUAUUAUCACUGGGCAACUCUUUCCAUUUCUAUUCAUGAGCAUGUUGUUUGUGUUGAAAGAGCGGAAUUGAGAUUUAUGAGUGGGCACUGCAUAUACGGAUCUAAUUACUCAUUGGUCUGUGUUGUGUGGUGGGUAGAAAGUAGAAAGGAGAAAGCAGGUUGGAGAACUCGUGUACCAUGUGAGACUUGUUGUAUUGCAUUGCAGGUGCUACGCUACAGUGGUGAAUAUCGUCUCAUUUUGUCCUCAGUCCGAUGAUAAUGGGUUCGAGUUUGUCACUAUAAAUAAAUAAAUAAUGUCAACGUGUGACCAUUCCAAUUAUUGUAAAA